CACCUUCCAGACUUGACGGAGGCGUGGAGAUUGAUUGCUCCGGACUGCACGGCUUUGCGUCACUUGAAUUAUUUUGAUUAGAACACAUAGACUGUGCCCCCUUGGGCUCCUGUUGUUUCUGUGAGCCCGGGCCGCCUUAUCAGAGUAGGAUGAUGGAGUUUUGUGGGGCAGAACUAGGCAGGGGAGACUUCCUAAAACGACUGGUGAAGUGGUCUGUGUGUGCGGUAGAGAUUCUUGCAGAGAACAGCACUGUGUCUCAGUGCCACGUGCUGAGUGGCUGAGACCCUGAGAUGGUCAGAGAGAACACCAGAAGGGGUUUGUCUCACCUACACAAACAGCCUGCACUUCAGCCAACCACUGUGGCCCCUGAGAACAGGUUGAUAUGCCCAAGAUAGUCCUGAAUGGUGUGACGGUGGAUUUCCCUUUCCAGCCUUAUCAAUGCCAACAGGAGUACAUGAGUAAGGUCCUGGAAUGUUUGCAGAAGAAAGUGAAUGGCAUCCUGGAGAGCCCCACAGGCACCGGGAAGACACUCUGCCUCCUCUGCACCACACUAGCCUGGCGGGAACAUCUCUGGGACACUGUCUCUGCCCGUAAGAUUGCUGAGAGAGCACAAGGAGAGCUUUUCCUUGAUCAGGCGUUGUCAGCCUGGGGGAGUGCCACUGCUGCUGAUGGAGAACCCAUAGCUUGCUACACAGAUAUCCCAAAGAUCAUCUAUGCCUCCAGGACCCACUCGCAGCUCACACAGGUCAUCAAUGAGCUUCGGAACACUGCCUACCGGCCAAGGGUGUGUGUGCUAGGCUCCCGGGAGCAGCUGUGCAUUCACCCAGAGGUGAAGAAGCAGGAGAGUAACCACAUGCAGAUCCAUUUGUGCCGAAAGAAGGUAGCAAGUCGUUCCUGUCAUUUCUACAACAAUGUUGAAGAGAAAAGCCUGGAGCAGGAGCUGGUCACCCCCAUCCUGGACAUCGAGGACCUGGUCAAGAAUGGGAGCAAGCACAAAGUGUGCCCUUACUACCUUUCUCGGAACCUGAAGCAGCAAGCUGACAUCAUCUUUAUGCCAUACAAUUACUUGUUGGAUGCCAAGAGUCGCAAGGCACACAACAUUGACCUGAAGGGCACUGUCGUGAUCUUUGAUGAAGCUCACAAUGUGGAGAAGAUGUGUGAGGAGUCGGCCUCCUUUGACUUGACGCCCCACGAUGUGGCUUCAGGACUGGAUGCCAUUGGGCAAGUGUUGGAGGAACAGACCAGAGUGGUACAGCAGAGUGAGCUCCAGCUGGGGCUCAGCUUGGAUCCCACCAGCUCAGGACUGAACAUGCAGCUGGAAGACAUCGCCAAGCUCAAGAUGAUCCUUCUUCGCCUGGAGGGGGCCAUCGAUGCUGUCCAGCUACCCGGAGAUGGUAGUGGUGUCACUAAGCCAGGAAGCUAUAUCUUCAACCUGUUUGCGGAAGCCCAGAUAACAUUUCAGUCCAAGGUCUGCAUCCUGGAGUCACUGGACCAGAUUAUCCAACACUUGGCAGGACGUGCCGGAGUGUUCACCAAUACGGCUGGGCUGCAGAAGCUCAUGGACAUCAUCCAGAUCGUGUUCAGUGUGGACCCCACUGAGGGCAGUCCUGGGAUCUCACAGUCCUAUAAGGUGCACAUACACCCUGACAUUGGGCCCCGGAGGGCGGCUCAGCGGUCAGAUGCUUGGAGUGCUGCUGCAUCUAGAAAGCAAGGGAAGGUACUGAGCUACUGGUGCUUCAGCCCGGGCCACAGCAUGCAGGAGCUGCUCCGCCAGGGUGUCCGCACUGUCAUCCUCACCAGCGGCACACUGGCCCCGCUGUCCUCUUUCGUCCUGGAGAUGCAGAUCCCCUUCCCAGUCUGCCUGGAGAACCCACACGUCAUCGACAAGCACCAGCUCUGGGUGGGGGUCAUCCCCAGAGGCCCCGAUGGAGCAGAACUGAGCUCUGCAUUUGACAAGCGUUUUUCUGAGGAGUGCUUGUCCUCUCUGGGGAAGACUCUGGGCAACAUCGCCCGUGUAGUGCCCCAUGGGCUUCUGGUCUUCUUCCCUUCCUACCCUGUCAUGGAGAACAGCCUGGCCUUCUGGCGGGCCCGAGACUUGGCCAGGAAGGUGGAGGUGCUGAAACCUCUGUUUGUGGAGCCCAGAAGCAAAGGCAGCUUCUCAGAGGUCAUCGAUGCUUAUUACCAGCGUGUCGCCUCCCCUGGGUCCAGUGGGGCUACCUUCCUGGCGGUGUGCCGGGGCAAGGCCAGCGAGGGGCUGGACUUCUCAGACAUAAAUGGUCGUGGUGUGAUCAUCACGGGCCUCCCGUAUCCCCCACGCAUGGAUCCUCGGGUUGUCCUCAAGAUGCAGUUCCUGGAUGAGAUGCGGGGCCAGAGCCAAGCUGGAGGCCAGUUCCUCUCAGGGCAAGAAUGGUACCGGCAGCAGGCGUCCAGGGCUGUGAACCAGGCCAUUGGGCGGGUCAUCAGGCACCGCCAUGACUAUGGGGCCAUCUUCUUGUGUGACCACAGGUUCACCUAUGCAGAUGCCAAAGCCCAGCUGCCCUCCUGGGUGCGCCCCUACCUCAAGGUGUACAACAACUUUGGCCAUGUCAUCCGGGAUGUAGCCCAGUUCUUCCGUGUUGCUCAGAGAACUAUGCCCGCCCCAGUCCCCAGGGCUUUGGCCCCAGGUGUGGGUGAGGGAAAAGCUGCUGCCAAGGUGACCACAUUGCCUGGACCUCUCCUCGCAACCAGAAAAGCCACAAGUCUAGACGUGCAUGUGCCCAGCCUGAGGCAGAAGCCAGCAGGAUCGCCGGCUGUGGAGGACCCAGAGAGCAACCUGUGUGUGGAGUAUGAGCAGGAGCCAGUCACAGCCCCGUGGAGGCCCAUGGGGCUGCUGGCUGCCCUGGAGCACAGCGAGCAGAAGGCUGGGGCACCUGAGGAUGAGGCCUACCCUGGGAAGGAGGCAGUUGGUCGGUCUACCCUGUCCCUUCAGUGUGAGAAGAGGCUGGCUGAUGAGCAGAGAGGAGGAAGGAAGAAGGUCAGGCUGGUCAGCCACCAGGAGAAGCCAGAAGCUGGUACACAGGAAGAGCGAGCCAAGCUGUUCAUGGUGGCUGUGAAGCAGACACUGAGCCAAGCUAGCUUUGACACCUUUACCCAGGCCCUGAAGGUCUACAAGGGUUCCGAUGACCUCAAAGCACUGAUGGACUGCCUCAGUUGCCUCUUUGCUGAAGACCCCAAGAAGCACACCCUGCUCCAAGGCUUCUACCAGUUUGUGCGGCCCCACCACAAACAGCAGUUUAAGGACAUCUGCAUUCAGCUCACUGGUCAAGGCUGCAGUAGCUGGCCAGAGCCUGGCCUUUCCCACAGGCAGCAGGCACUGCCAGCCCUGGGGCCCAGUGGUCCUCAGGAACAUGUUUCUUCAGGGAAGAGGGGUCCUGAGCCCACGCUGACCCAAUCCAAGGAGGUGGCCAAGCAGCUAGAUCCUGGAGUGCACCUGAACCAGGGUGAGCCUCACCUGUCCACCAGGCUACCCCCCGAAGGCACCUGGCUCCUGCAGAUGCCAGGAGACACCCACAGCUGUCCAGAAGUGUGGUCCACAGUAGAACAGGGCCAGUCUGCUGCGAGUGCCUAUCUGGCAGACAUCCGAGAGGCCCUGGGGUGCGCAGCCCACAGACAGCUCCUGGCAGCACUGAAGGUGUACAAACAGGAUGACAACUUCGACAAGGUGCUUGCUGUGCUGGCUGCACUGACCACAGCACGGCCCGAGGACCUCCCCCUGUUGCAAAGGUUCAGCAUGUUCGUGCGUCCCCACCACAAGCAGCACUUCCUGCAGACCUGCGCAGACCUGAUGGGGCUGCCCGCCUCGGGCAGAGAACUGGGCCCCCUGGAAGAGAGCCCCACCACACCUGAACUUUCCCAUGGGGCUCCCCAGUCAGGUCCUUCACUGUUGCAAAGACCCAGAAGGGUCCAGAGCAAGAUCUUUUCCUUCCUUAAACAGACUCCAGAUGAUGGUGAGGAGCCCAGCCUGCCCCCUGGGCUUCCUGACCAUGCAGGCUUCUCGUGCCCAGGCUGCGGGGCAGAGGACACAGUGACCUUCCAGUGCCUCUCCUGUGACUUGCACCGCUGCCAGGCCUGCUGGCUACAGCACCUCCAGGUUGGUGCCUGGCUCUCAUCCCUACCAGGCAUCACUGCAGGUGUUCAGCCAAGGUGGGUGGGGGCACACUCUCAAGCGCUUGCAGUGUCCAGCAGGCAUGUCCAGUGGCCUGUGUCUCCACAGGGCUCUAGGACGUGUCCAGCCUGCUUUGCUGCCACGAGGAAGCAGAGCCUCACACAGGUCUUCUGGCCGAAGCACCAGUAAGCAUCCAUGGAGACACUGCAGGGCCCUGAUGUGGCUCCACACUGGCCUGUCCAGCCCUGCUGUGGGCCACGGGCCACCUCCCACAUUGCGACAUGGAGGCUGGCUUCCUGCUCGCUGCCAGGCCCACUGCGGGCCUCAGGUGGGAGCUGUGGCUCGUGGGACCUGGAAGAUGUCCCUUUCCCAGAGAUU